AUGAUUCAAUCAUUUUCACUAUUACUAAUCACUAUUAUUAAUGCAUUAAUUUGUUGGUAUUCUUAUUUUAAUAAAUUACCAACUUUAAAAUUCUUUAGUAAGCCACCUUUUUGUAUCUUUUUAUCAUUAUUUACUUACGAUGUUCUUGGUAUUUCUUCAUGGCCUUUUAUUCUUGGAUUAGUUUUAAGUUUUCUUGGAGAUUUCUUUUUAUUGUUCACAGAACAGGUAUUAUUUUUGAUUGGAGCAUUUUCAUUUUUAUUUGCACAUGUCUUUUAUUCAAUUGGUUUUAAUGCAACAUUAUCUUCUGAUGCUCAAAUUAAUUAUCUUUGUUAUAUUGUUGUUGUAUUACCAAUUCUUGGGGCACUUAUUAUAUAUCGUCUUGCUAAUAAAGAACAGAAAGGACCACUUGUUUCUGGAUGUUUCCUUUAUAUGUCUUUUGUUGCUAUAGGAAUGUUUAAUUGUUUUAGAACAUUAACAGACCCUUCUUGGAAUUUACUUUCAUCAUUAAUAUGUUGUAGCAGUUAUUUCAUUUUUUUCAUUAGUGAUUUGUUAGUAAGUUUCAAUGAAUUAGUGAAAACCACCUGGUUAGUUUCUCUGUUAAUAAUAAUAACAUACCAUAUUGCACAAAUUGGUAUUGUUUGUGGGUUAGUAUUAAAUAUAAAUUAUGACCAUUUAAUAGCUUUAUUAAACUAA